CCAACCCCCCUCUCUCUUUCUCCUUUCCUUUUCCCUGCUAUAUAUACACCGCACCGGCACGCCACACCCGUCAGCAAGCAACAUUAACUCACUUGUUGAGCUCCACACUCCAGCUCCAGCGCAGCCGCAGAGUGCAGAGUGAGUGAGUGGGCAUGGGCGAGGAGGCCAAUUGCGACGCCGUGAUGGAGGCCGGCAACGGCAACGGCAACGGCAAGGCCAAGGAGAACGGCCACGCCACAGCCGUUGUGGCCAUGCCGGACGUCAAGGCCAAGGCCGAGGACGCCGUGGUGGCGCCGGGCGACCCCCGCCUGCAGGGCAUCUCCGACGCCAUCCGCGUCGUCCCGCACUUCCCCAAGCAAGGCAUCAUGUUCAACGACAUCACGACGCUCCUGCUGCGGCCCGGGGUGUUCAAGGACGCCCUGGACAUGUUCGUGGAGCGCUACCGCGGCAUGGGCAUCGCCGCCGUCGCCGGGAUUGAGGCGAGAGGAUUUAUAUUUGGCCCCGCGAUUGCACUAGCCAUCGGUGCCAAGUUCAUUCCGUUGCGCAAGCCUAAGAAACUCCCAGGUGAGGUGAUUUCUGAGACCUAUGUUCUCGAAUACGGAACUGAUUGUCUGGAGAUGCAUGUUGGUGCUAUCGAACCCCGUGAGCGUGUUUUGAUAGUUGAUGAUCUGGUUGCAACUGGUGGGACACUUUGUGCUGCUAUAAAUCUUCUGGAACGUGCUGGAGCUGAUGUCGUUGAGUGUGCUUGUCUCAUUGGGCUCCCUAAAUUUAAGGAUUUUUACAAGCUCAACGGGAAGCCUGUCUAUGUACUGGUGGAGUCUCUGGAAUAUGAAAAAUAAGAAACCGGUGACCAGGGACGCAUCAUGGCUUCAUCCUGCUGCGGUAGUAUUAGGGAGUGGGGGAGGUUAGGGAGCGGUACGUGAAUGGAUGGGUGUAGUCUUUGUAGGCUGAGUGGUUUCUUCAACUGUACUGAAGAGCUUCUUCCUUGUGCUCGGGAGAAAUGAUCGUUAGCUGAGACGCGAGUCCUGUGGUUCCAUUAUUAUCAUUGGUUAUUAUUAUUAAUUGUGUGGUUUGAUUU